AUGUCUUCUGUGUGGUGGGAGCAGUUGCUGGAAACAAAUGGUACCGUCAUGGACAACAGAAGCUGCUACAGCUCCAAACAGAGCACCGUUCUCACGGGAAUCGGCUUUGGAGGAGUGCCAGUUGUGCUACUGCUCGAUUUCUCGGUCUUUCUGGUGUUGCUGAUUGUCUUCUCUAUUAUCAGGAGGAUGUUCUGGGACUACGGGCGUCUGGCAUUAGUUGCAGAUAACGAAGGGUUCACCGAGUCAACACGCCGUCGCUAUGGACGCAUGUCAUCCUUAGUGUCCAGCAUGGAUGACCUAGAGUAUGAAUUGGGGUGCUGCUCUUGGCUGCCCUACAUCCUCAGAAUGGAUAAGGAAAAAAUAAAAGCCAGAUGUGGCAUGGAUGCUGUUCACUACCUGUCCUUCCAGCGUCAUCUGAUCGCCCUGCUGUUGGUUAUAACUGUCACCUCCCUUGCAGUCAUACUGCCAGUCAACAUGACAGGAGACCUGCUUGAUAAUAAUCCACAGAGUUUUGGAAGGACCACUGUUGGGAAUCUUUCAACAAAAAACGACCUGUUAUGGCUGCAUACAGUGUUUGCAGUUUUGUACCUGAUCCUGACAGUUGUUCUGCUGCGCCGUCACACAUCACAAAUGAAAGGCAUGCGCAGAGAGACGACCAGAAACACUUUGUUUGUGUGUUCAGUCCCUAAAACAGCAACAGAGGAAGAUGUAAAGACCCAUUUCACAGAGGCGUACCCUUCCUGUCAAGUGUGUGCUGUGACCCUGGGCUAUGACGUGGCAAAGCUCAUGCACCUUGAUAAGGAAAAGAUGCGAGCAGGAAAAAACCUGCGCUACUAUGAACAUGCCCUAGAGAAAACAGGGACACGUGAGUUGAUUAACACCCGUUUGUGUGGUCACCUCUGUUGCUGCUCCCACUCUGAGGUUGAUGCCAUAGAGUACUACAGUACUAAAGAAAAAGACCUGCUGGAAGAGGUGAGGAAGCAGACAGAACUUGUGCCACAGCGCCCCCUGGGGAUGGCCUUCGUCACCUUGCAGACCGAGGCUAUGGCCAAGUACAUUCUGAGAGACUUCAAUGCACUCGAGUGUGGUGGCAAAAGCUGCUGUUGUGGGAGGCUGCCCCAACCUUCAUCCAACAGUGGAACUCUGAAAGUAAACAAGUGGAGCGUCAGCUAUGCACCCCAUCCCAGAAAUGUGUAUUGGGAAAAUCUCUCAGUGCGGGGCUUUCACUGGUUCAUGCGCUAUGUUACGCUCAACUUCUUCCUUUUCGUCCUGCUCACCUUCCUCACGACUCCCACCAUCAUUAUCAACACCAUGGAUAAGUGGAAUGUGACUAUGCCCAUCUACUAUCUCAAUAGUCCUGUCAUCAGUCAGUUCUUCCCCACUCUCCUGCUGUGGUCCUUUUCUGCGUUGCUGCCUACCAUAGUUUACUAUUCUACAAUAGGAGAGGCACACUGGAGCAGGUCCAGUGAGCAGCUGAGCAUGAUGCGUAAGCUGUACUUCUUCCUGCUCUUCAUGGUGCUAAUCCUCCCCUCGCUAGGACUCACCAGUCUUGCCUUUUUUUUCCGCUGGCUGUUUGAUGAACAUUUUCUCGCAGAUGGGAAACUGAGGUUUGAGUGUGUGUUCUUACCUGACCAAGGGGCCUUUUUUGUCAACUAUGUGAUCACAGCAGCCCUGGUGGGCUCUGGGAUGGAGUUGCUGCGGUUGCCAGGAUUACUGCUUUACAUCAUCCGUAUGGUGUUUGCUCGCUCUGCUGCUGAAAGGAAAUAUGUCAAACAGAACCAGGCCUAUGAGUUUGAAUAUGGAGCCAUGUAUGGCUGGUCCCUAUGUGUCUUCACUGUAAUUAUGGCUUACAGCAUCAUAUGUCCUAUUAUUGUUCCUUUCGGUCUCCUGUACAUGAUGCUCAAGCACCUGGUGGACAAACACAACCUGUACUUUGCCUACCUGCCUGCUCGCCUAGACCGCCAGGUCCACCUGGGAGCUGUCAAUCAAGCUCUGGCCGCGCCCAUCAUCUGCCUAAUAUGGCUUUACUUCUUUUCUGUCCUCAGAGCAGGUUUCUGGAAACCUACAUCUCUAUUCACACUUGUGGUCCUGUGUAUCACCGUCUUCAUCUGUGUCAGCUACACCUGCUUUGGCCAUUUCAAGUACCUCAGUCCACACAACUAUGCGGUGAAAGAGGAGGAUGAGGAUAGAGUAGAGGGAGUGGAAGAAAACACCAAGGUCUACCUUCCCAGAGUGCUUAAUUCCAAAUCACCUGCCGUAGCACAACAGGGCUCUAAACAUCAGCAGUCUUACGGCUCUACAGAGGGCAGCCCGGUCCACAGCUCCAGCCCGGUGACAGACCGCAUGUCAGAUGGCUGAUUCAGCUUAUCUCAACACUGAGUCAAAGCUUUGGAGUCAGGAUGCCCACAACUCCUGAUCGGAAAUCUGCUUCCUUCACAAUUAUUUCUAGCCUGGUUCACGAAACUCAGAUCAAACUGUUAAACUGGGCAGUGCUAAUCAGAUACCAAUCAAGAUUCUGUGACAUUAUUGCCUAUUUCCCGCUUAAAAUGUUUUUAGAAAAGACAUUUUACUGUAAUGUUUAGCUGUAAUUUGAGAAAGUUUGUGACCAGGCCGCCAUUUUUUUGCCUGCUUGAAAACGGACCAAGCACCGCCCCAACUUUCAUGUGUCACUCAGCGCUAUGUCACACGUUUCGUUGCUCCGAUAGGUUGUAGGUCUAUCCAAUUGCGUCCAGAGGCAUUUUGGUCUGCACCCUUAUUAACGCCCCUUGGAAAUCGAAAAUUAACUGAGAGGUUUCAUACUAAUGCACAUUUGUGAAUUAGUCUGGCAAUGCCAGGCUAAGAAGAAAGGAGAGAAAAAUCUCCAGAUGGUACUACAGAAGAAUGUGCAAAAGAUUACAAAGACCUGCACUGUGCCACCCAACACAAGUCCCACUUUCUUACCUUCAUUUAAAUUGCCUUCUACAGGAAAGAAGGUAAAUAUGAAUGUGCUGAGAAAUCUGAAUUAGUUACAUAUGUAUAGGUGUAUUUUCUGUAUGAGACCUCUCAAUCACCAAGGUAUGUUUAGCCAAAACCUGCCAUUUCAAACAAGCCAUUAUGUUUGUGAAAAAAACAACUUUAUAAUUUAUUCAUUGCACAUGUUGAAGCUGAUUAUGCAAGUUUCACCAGAACAAGACAAUCAAGCCAAGUCAGCAACACUGAUGCCAAAGAGGUGGACAAGCAGAACUUUCUGUUUGUUACUUGUUGUCUAGAUUUUGUUCCAGUUUAGAUUUCUUCACAGUGCCUUUUUUGAUGCCAGAUGACAACACCUGCCAAGGGAAUAACUUAUUGCCUUAUGUUCAUGAUGCACUUUCUGUAUCAAGAGAGGCCUGUUUGGUGUUACUAACACAAGAAGUUAAUGUUGGCUUUUGUAAUAUGACAAGAGAACACACAUGUAUUUCAGUAUUGCAGGAGAUUUGCACCCACAACUUUUUAUUUAAAUCACAUAUGGCAAUGGUUAGAGCUAUUAUUUUCUGUUUUUGUUUCAGAUAAGACAAUCAUGUUGUUCCAUUAAUGAAGGAACGUUUUAAACAGGUCAACGUUUUUUGUAUUUAAGUUACUUUGAAGUUAUGUUUUUGCAGCUUUUUUAAAUGUGCAUUUUAACAAGGAGCUAAAUCCUAAAGGCAAAUGUGUAACUUUAAUAAGAGUGUUGAAGUUUAGCAGAUAAAAUGUCUUCAGAUUGCAUGUUAAGAGAAACUCAGACUUUGUAGCUUUGUAUUUGGUGAUUUAAAUGUAAAUAUGAAACAAUCUUACAUGCUGUUUUUAAAUACAAACGGGAACAACUUUACUGUUA